AUGCAAUCAUUAACACAGGCUGAGGAGAUCGAUUCGGCUCAGCGAGGCGGGGGGCACGUCUGCGUCACCAGGAGUGAUCGACGUGUGCAAGUGAGCGCAGCAGCCGAGCAACAGCAGCAGCAGCAGCAGGGCGAAAAAGUAGAUGGCAAAGGCCUUACCAGUCCCGAUGGCCGUCUGCUUACCUCCCGUCCGGUCCCUGGGCCGCGAGAGUGCGUGGCUACUCCCGGGGUCACGCGAGAGCGUCCCGUGCGGGCACAAUGGCCGCUGCUGCCUCUCUCCCGCAAGAAAACAGCAGUCGGUGCGUUGUGGGACUUGAGCCACAAGGACAUGCGGGAAACGACGGAGCGGCGGCCACUGAGUCCCCAAGCACAGGGUGACCUGGUGGCUGCUCCUGACGGCGGGGGGCCUUCCCGCCCUGUUGAGGGCACCAACCUCACCAGCGUGCCCGGAGUGCUUCAUUACAGAGCUUCGCCGAGACUCCACAAAUCGGGGUCAAGCGGAGAGCAGGUGGCCAGUCCCUCGCAGCACUCCAACAAUCGCCGGGCGGGGCCACAGGAGGGCCAUGACAGAUUAGCUUCGCCGAGCCACGCCCAGAAAUUGAGUAGUGGGCUUCAUGACGUCUCGCUGGUGGCAGGUGUCGGGGGCACACCCACAACCCCUCAGCCGCUGGGCCGCCGAUCUCUCCGCAGGAAAAUCGUGAACCCCAGCACCGCCCCUAAGCGAACAGUGCCCAUCCUAGGACUGUUUGACUUGACGGUACGAGGGAAGCCGCGUCUCGGUGGUCGGUCUGAGCUGGCGGCGGCCCAGCUGGCCCUGCGACAUAUCAACGAGCAGCAGGUCAUCCCCGGCCACACCCUCGUCAUGUUCCACAACGACACACAGUGUGACAGCGGCAGUGGAGUGGACGCCUUCUUCCACGCCAUCUACACGUCACGGGCCAAGAUGAGGAUCCUGCUGGGCGCCGCGUGUACAGAAGUAACGGAGAGCCUUGCUGCCGUGGUUCAUUACUGGAAUAUCGUGCAGGUAUCCUUCGGCUCGGUGUCCCCUGCUCUCAGUGACCGCUCCUCUUUCCCUCGCUUCAUCCGCACCGUGGCCCCAGACUCCUCACACAACGCCGCGCGCCUCGCCUUCCUCACCCACCACUCCUGGAGCACCGUCACCACCAUCUCCGAGAACCAUGAUCUCUACACGCUGGCGCUGAACGAACUGAUGCCGGCGCUGGAGGCUGCCAACAUCUCUCUUCAGGCCACAGUGACUCUCUCUUCAGGGGACUACAUGGAGCACCUUCACUCCCUCAAGGAGAAGGACUGCCGUAUCUUCAUCGCCAGCUUCUCCACCACCCUCGCCAGGAAGGUCUUUUGCCAGGCGUACCAUCUAGGCAUGUACGGCUCGGACUACGACGCGUGGGUGCUGUCUGGCGCCCCGCAGGACAGCUGGUGGCGGGACACUUCCGGCACCAAUUGCUCGUCUUCCCAGCUGGUGGAGGCGGUGCAGGGCGUGGUUCUGGUGGCGGCUCACGGCUCCAUCAUCGGUACCAAGGCGUCGGAGUCUGGCUUGACAAACAGUCAGUUCCUUCAGGAGUUCUCCCGCACGGGGCAGCCUCUCACGGAAUACGUCACCCACACCUACGAUGCUCUGUGGGCCAUCGCGCUCGCCCUCCGCCAGAUGGGCGUGGAGGCGGCGCGGGAGGAGGCGUCAGGUCGGAAGCAGCGCCGUCACGCCGUCGUCAAGAGGGAGGUCAACUCGGAACGGCUGGAGAAGGUCGCUCGUGGCUCCAGGAAGCAGGAUGACCAGGCGUGCAGCUCAGGCGUCCACAAACUCCCCGGGAACUCCACCAAACCUACAAUGAGCUGGAUACUGGGUCGCCUUGCUAAGCUGCAGGAGGACCCCACGCCUGGAAAUCUAGUGACGGCGCGAGGAGAGAAGAGGGGCCAGCAGAAGGUGGUGGAGGUGGAGGUGGUGGGUGGGACAGGCGGUGGGUUUGAGCUUGACACUUUCGACUACUCCCGCGAGGACUUGGCAGACCAGAUGCUGGAGACUCUGCAAGCACUGAGGUUCCGCGGCGUGUCGGGUCCGAUCUCUUUCGACUGUCCAGACAGGGUGGGGGUGACCGCCUUCCACCAGGUGCAAGAUGGCGAACCGGUGAAGGUGGCGCUGUACCAUCCGGAGGAGGCGUGGCUGGACCUGACGUGUCCCGGGUGCCGCGUGCUGGUGUGGCCCGGGGAAGUGCCGACCUCCAGAGUGUUCAGACUGAGAGUGGACACCGUGGCCCCCGCUGCCUUUAUCAUUAUGUCCUCGCUGGCCACCAUAGGCAUCCUCCUCGCCCUCGCCUUCCUCAUCUUCAACCUCACCUACAGGAGGCUCAAGUACAUCAAGCUCUCCAGCCCUCGUCUUAACAACACCACUGUGGUCGGCUGUGUUCUCGUCUACACUGCUGUCAUCCUCCUCGGCCUAGACCACGCCACGCUGCCAGGCCCCCACAGUUUCCCCAUCGUCUGCACUGCUCGGGCGUACCUACUCUCCGCUGGGUUCUCCUUGGCCUUUGGUUCUAUGUUCACCAAGACGUAUCGAGUCCACCAGAUCUUCACCCGGUCCAACAGCGCCGGCGUGGUGAGGAAUAAGCUCCUGAAGGACAAACAGCUCAUCACUCUCAUCAUGAUCCUCCUCGCUGUGGACGUGGUUAUCGUCAGCGCCUGGGUGGCAGUGGACCCCAUGACGAGACACCUGCACAACCUCACCUUGGAAGUGUCCAGGGAGGAUAGGGGAGUGGUGUACCAGCCGCAGGUGGAGGUGUGUCGCAGCGAGCACACGAGCGAGUGGCUGGGCGCCCUCUACGUGUACAAGGGUCUGCUGGUGGCUGUGGGAGUGUACAUGGCGUGGGAGACAAGACACGUCAAGAUCCCGGCGCUCAACGACUCCCAGUACAUCGGCAUGAGUGUGUACAACGUGGUCAUCACCUCCAUCAUCGUCAUCCUCGCCGCCAACAUCAUCGGCGAGAGGACGACGCUGGCUUACGUCAUCAUCACUACCCUCAUCUUCACCUCCACCACCACCACACUCUGCCUCCUCUUCAUCCCUAAGAUUCUGGUCAUAUGGCGCCGGACGGAAGGAGACCCAAUAGUGGAGAGCAUGGGACUCAAGAUACAAUACAACACUCGCAGGCUGCUGACGGAGGACAAGAGGGAGAAGUACUACAGGGCGGAGGUGCAGAACAAAGUGUACCGCCGGGAAAUGCUGAAGCUAGACCAGGACCUUCAUAAACUGCACCGCCGGGUCGAGUCUCCUGCCAGCCCCACCUCCUCCACGGGGUCCAUCGUGAAGCAGGAGUCGAUAUCUUCAGGAGCCUCCAAUAAUUGCAGGCGAGGGAGAGGAGCGGCAGAGGGAGCUGGUGACUGCGGCUCAGGGGACGGGGCAGCAGGGUGGGGCGCGGGGGGCAGUGAGGAUGGAGAGGCAAGGGUGCUGAUGCUGGGGACGCCGCACACACAGUAUCUGCGGAGCGAUGACGCCACCGUCAGGAGGGUAAAGAGGGAACGCAUGAACCGCUCUCUUCACCGUUCCCUGCCGUCUCUCCCUCUGGGGUUCUCCCCUGAGAAGGUUCCGGACACCCGCCUGCCGGCAGAUGGCGCUGAGGACGAUAGCGAGAGUGCUUCCUGCGGCCGGUCGCAGGUGUUCUUCGAUGCCUUUAGGUUCCACGAAGACCAGGAGGAAGCACGAAGACAGGCGGAGGAGGAAGAUUGUGACGAUGACGAAAAUUCUCCCAAGCUUGGAGCUUUUCCCUCCUCCCCACACCCACUCCAGCGCUCCCGCCUGGUGAAGAGAAGUCCCAUCAAGCCCAGACCAGAGCCUGAGGACGAGGGCAUUGUUGACCUUCGCUACACCCUCAACUUCUCCACGCCGCUUCUACACGGCGUCACGGAGGCCGACCUUCCAUUCUCCAUCAGCACACACGUACACCACGGCCCGCGCGUGUCCUUCAGGGACCAAGACGCCCACCACUACUACGACGCGGGCCGGGAAAGGCGCAAGUCUUCGCUCAGCUCGUAUUCUAGCCCUGAGGUGCGUAGACCCAGGAACACGUGUUCUUCCACGGAUAUCCGGCUGCAGAUCGAAUGUUCCAACGUGCUACAGGACGAGAAACUGUCGCCCGUUGUGGAGUACCGAGUGAAUGACCUCGACGUUCUGUGCCCGAGAAGCCAGAAGAAAGUCAAGACUCAGGACACCGAGGAGUCCGUGAGUCCCUCCGAGAAAGGGGACGACCCGGGAGGCGGCGCUGCUGACUCCUGCAGACCCGCCUCCAACGGCGCUCUCAACCGGACGCCGGCUACGGGGAACAACUGCCUCGAGCUGCGGCAUGGAAGGUCACCCAAAAAUAACUCUAGGAAGACAACGCCCGAGAACUCUGCGAUGUCCUCCACUACCAGACCAGCGGGUCACAUAUUCUCCACCGUGAUUGUUCACCACGUGGCCAAUGUCCACAUCUAAUGCAGCGCGUCUGCCAAUUCACUAUGUGUGU